UCUAGAUAGAAGGGCGAGGCAGACUGGUUAAGGGGCGGGAGGAUUAGACGCCUCUGCUAGCUGGACCUGCGACACCAGAGUGGCUCAGGGCGGCUGCCCUUCUGUCGGCAAUGCCUGAGGCUAGGGAAUCCCCUGGAGAACCCUGAGAGCCACCUGCACCGCCUUGGAAGGAUCGCCAGAAGUUAGCCCCAAGGGUUCAGAGAAGCUCUCAGCUUUUCAACUAUGGCCGGUGAUUUUAGGAAUGCUAUGAAUCAAGACAUGGAGAUAGGAGUCACUCCCCAGGACCACAAGAAGAUCCCCAAACAGGCUCGGGAUUACAUCCCCAUUGCCACGGACCGAACUCGCCUGCUGGCAGAAGGCAAGAAGCCACGUCAGCGCUACAUGGAGAAGACAGGCAAGUGUAACGUGCACCACGGCAACGUUCAGGAAACCUACCGCUACCUAAGUGACCUCUUCACCACUCUGGUGGACCUCAAAUGGCGCUUCAACCUUCUGGUCUUCACCAUGGUCUACACCAUCACCUGGCUAUUCUUUGGCUUCAUUUGGUGGCUCAUUGCUUAUGUCCGAGGUGAUCUGGACCACGUGGGUGACCAAGAAUGGAUCCCUUGUGUUGAAAACCUUAGUGGCUUUGUGUCCGCUUUCCUUUUCUCCAUUGAGACAGAAACAACCAUUGGGUAUGGCUUCAGAGUCAUUACGGAGAAGUGCCCAGAGGGGAUCAUACUCCUUCUGGUGCAGGCCAUCCUGGGCUCAAUUGUCAAUGCCUUCAUGGUAGGGUGUAUGUUUGUAAAGAUCAGCCAGCCAAAGAAGAGAGCAGAGACCCUCAUGUUUUCCAACAAUGCUGUCAUCUCCAUGAGGGAUGAGAAACUGUGCCUCAUGUUCCGGGUAGGGGACCUCCGAAACUCCCAUAUCGUGGAGGCCUCCAUCCGUGCCAAGCUUAUCAAGUCCCGGCAGACCAAAGAAGGGGAAUUCAUCCCCUUGAACCAGACUGACAUUAAUGUGGGCUUUGACACUGGUGACGACCGCCUCUUCCUGGUAUCUCCGCUCAUCAUCUCCCACGAGAUCAACGAGAAGAGCCCUUUCUGGGAGAUGUCUCGAGCUCAACUGGAACAGGAAGAGUUCGAAGUUGUGGUCAUACUAGAAGGGAUGGUAGAAGCGACAGGCAUGACUUGCCAAGCACGGAGCUCUUACAUGGAUACAGAGGUGCUCUGGGGUCACCGAUUCACACCAGUUCUCACCUUGGAAAAGGGCUUCUAUGAGGUGGACUACAACACUUUCCACGACACCUAUGAGACCAACACACCCAGCUGCUGCGCCAAGGAGCUGGCAGAAAUGAAGCAGAAUAGUCGGCUCCUCCAGUACCUUCCCAGUCCUCCCUUGCUUGGGGGUUGUGCUGAGGCUGAGAAAGAAGCUGAGGCUGAACAGAGUAAAGAGGAUGAACCCAAUGAGCUGAGUGUGUCCCAGGCAACCCAGGGCUCAAUGUGAAGUCUGUGUGCUACCCAGAGCCUCUUCUUGCCAGACACCAAGGAGCCUGGAAGGCCAGAGAGGCCAAUUAGUUGAACAAGCUUUGUGGGGCCCCAGGAGUGUGGGAGCUCUACAGAGAGGAGCAGUGUGUUGAGGCCUCACAUCUCCUCCUCAGGGCCUCAAAGAAAGUAGCCUUGCAUAGGCUUUCUGAGAAGUGCUUUCUAGGCCUCUGUGAGUGAGAGCAUUAGCUGUCACCAGAGUGGGGUUCUCAAUGAGAGUUCUAGGGUGGUAUCUACCUUCUCUCUGAUUACUGGAGCCUGCUCAAUUUCCUCCCUGAUUCUGGGUCUCCUCCUGAGGCCUGCUGCUCCAGGGUGGUAAUUCUGUCCAUGGAUGCUCAGGCCUCCAGCUGGGGAUGAGUUCACAGAGGCCUUCCAGGGGCAAUGCAUUUUUAGUCUGAGGCUAAAACCCACUGAUUAAUAGCUUCUUAGCAAGGCCUCUGAUACUACCUAGUGUGUGUUUUCCUCUUCUGUGUCGAGUGGACCCUGCGGCUUACAGGGUAAUUGAUUUAAUUAGAGUGGCCCUAGGACACUGAGUGUUUAGAAGCACAGGCAAUGUUGUCUUCACAAUUGCCUGACACCCCUAGUCACACUGUACCCUGUGCUUCAAAGGGGAGCCCCCAGCAGUUGUACCUUUCGUGAGACUAUUUGGCCUGAGAACUUCAAAGAACCUGUAAAAUGGUCCUGGGGAACAUGUGGAUUUCAGAGAGCCAGAUGAGCUCAUUGUACUAACAUAGGGAUGGCAGACAG